AUGUUAGCUUUAGUUUUGUUAUUAGGGCUGUAUAAAUAUGUACUUGCAGAUGGAGGGAUUUCAGAUGACGGUUACAUUUUAAAUUUUGAUUCGCCGAUCUAUGUGUGCCCAGACGAUGAGAGCCAGGCCUUCGUGGACACGUCCGAAGCAGAAGUGAAGCGACACAACGAAACAACGGCUUAUUUGACCGGAUUUAUAAAAUUUAUAAAGGGAAUUGAACCUGCUACUAUGGUGGAAGUUUUAAUAGAGAAGGAUAUCGGUGGUAGUUUUGAAAUGUUCGCUUCACAUGAAAUAUGCGACUUGUGUAAAGAGUUGGGAGAUAAAGAAAGCCGUUAUGGCGAUUAUUUGAAAUAUUUUGGAUUUCCUGAUCAUUGUCCAUUUUCACCAGAUACAUUCGCUAUUAAAGAUUUUGUGGCGAAUACUGAAGAUUUACCGAUUAACAGCGCAACUGCUGGCCGAUAUCAGGUCACAAUGAACAUCUCCAAGAAUCAAGGAGGCAACUGUUUAAGUGAUAAGACUUUUAUCGCAUGUCUUAAGCUCGAUUUCAUUAUUGAGGCCUUGUGAAUU